AGCAUAGCUCGGCUCAAAAGGUGCCCAAACCACUCGCCCAGCGGUGCGAGUGACGCUUUCGAUGCGAGAAACCACUCGCGAGUCCUCCGUGCCUGAACUCUUUCGCUGGCUCGAGGAGCGCUUGAAGGAGGAGCGUCAAAGCUUGGCGCAGCAACACGCGGUGAUCCUCGAUGAGCUGCGCUUUAUGGCCAGCGACUUGAACCCUCCGCUCGGUCCCAACACCCUUCGCCAGGCUCCGGCGUUGAAGCCCCCGGAGCCGACCGAGUCGCCGGAACCGUCGCUCGGCCACGGCGGGCCCAGCAACCUCACCGGGUUGCCGGUCGACAUCGAUUCGCCGACCUUCAUGAGAAGUCCAGGGCCUGGGUCGCCGACCUCUGUGACAGUCAAGGUGGAGGAGAAGGAUCAAGGGUCAGCAACAGCUUCAAGGUCAAAGAGAUUGGGCAAACGUGCAGCAACAUUGAAGCAAUCACUCUCCAAAGAUGAUAUUUUGAAACCUUGGUGGCACCCCGAUCGGGUCAUCAAAACGUACACCUUCGAGAUCUUCUUUGCAUGCCUGAUCUUCCUGCAGGCUGUGGCAAUGGCCGUGGAGGUGCAGUAUACGGGCUUCGGCUGGGGUUAUCGCUUGCAAUUCCCAGGCUAUGAGCAACCAGCUUCAGAUGUUUGGCCUAGCAUACCUGCCUUUCUUCAGGGGGUGGAGAUUUUUUUCGGCACGUUCUUUAGUGUUGAGGUGGUGCUGAAAAUCAGUGGCCUUCGGAGAGCAUACCUCAAUGAUCCCUGGAAUUGGUUUGAUUUCUUCUUGGUUGCGAUGUGGCUAGCAGACAUGGUCAUCGCCUUUCCGGUGAACAGUUCGCAGUUGCGCUUGAUCAGGUUAGUGAGACUUUUGCGAUUGGUGAGGUUGGUACGGGUGGUGCGUGGCUUCGACUCCCUCAUCGUUAUGACCACUGCUUUGCAAGAAAGCGCAAAUGGCCUGUUUUGGGUGGCAGUCAUCAUGCUGGUGGUGCAGCUCCUUUUUGCCCUCCUUUUGAAUCAAGUCUUGGCUACCAUGGUCGCACAGCGUGACUUCGCACUGGAGGAUGAGAUUGUGCUCUUCGAACACUUUGGCACCUUCCCCCGGUCCAUGUUGACCAUGUUUCAGGUGACCUUAGGCACUUGGGUGCCGGUGGCCCGAGUUUUGCAGGAGAUCGUCAGUCCAGCGAUGAAUAUUUUCACAAUCCUUCACAAGGUCACCAUCGGCUUUGCAUGCAUUGGCGUCAUCAAUGGUGUUUUUAUGCAGGAAACUUUGCGCGUCGCGCAGUCGGAUGAUGUGAUCAUGAUGAGGGACGUGGGGCGAAGGGACCGGCUCCAUGCGGAGAAGAUGAAGGCUUUCUUUGAAUUGAGCAACCAAUCGGGGGACACCAUGAUCAGCAGAGACCGAUGGAAGCACGUCAUGGAGAGUCCCAAUACCAAGCAGUGGUUUGCAGCGCAAGGCUUGUCGAUCGCAGAUGCGGACGAGGUCUUCACAUUGCUGGAUGCGGAUCGCAGUGAAACCAUGACCAUCGAUGAGUUGAUCACCGGAGUGGCACGUCUUCAUGGCGCUGCGCGUUCCUUAGACUUGGCCAUUUUGGCGGAGAACCAUCGGUCCUUGAUGUUGCGCACGGAAAGCUUGUAUGAGAAGCUGGAAGCUACAGUGGUGAAUGUCCACAAGACGCAUGAGGGUAUUUUUCCCCUCUGAUGUGCACAUCCUGUUGGUUUUCAAAGUUUUUGGAUGUGCGGACACCCAUGGCAUCCCAUGGCCCAGCUUAUCCUGCCCUAAAACGGUGAGAUGAGCAUAGAUGAUAAGCUACAUCUCCCAUGCCGUUGAAUGCCCAAAAAGGUCAUUCAACCGUCGACUCAUCGUGAUUUGCGCAGCUCUAAGAGCCGAACGCAGAAAAAAA